AUGCCGAGACUCUGGUUUUCGGCUAAUGAUGAGCACCGCCUUGAAGCUGAAGAAAAAGGUGAGUUACCUGAAAUCUCUCCGCUAAUUUCAAUGUUAACGUUACAGCAUCCGCCACGUAUUCCACUCUCCGCACAGGAAUUCUCAGUCUGACCCCUGGAGAUCAGAAGUGUCGUCUGUAUUGCAGUGGUCCCAGAUGCAGAUUCUGCGUUGUAAACCCUGGUCAAACUGAAAUCCAGGCAAUUGACGGUCUGUACUCCACGUGGAUAACCGAUGAUAUUCUGGCGAUGUCUCGUCUCCAAGAGGAUCAUUUCGACAAAUUGGGCAUUGUGGAGAAAUUCAAAGAGUGAGCGAUAUCGGAUUAGAACAUGUUAGAAACGGAUUGUCCCAUUCAGAAACCGAAUACAAUCGGUGGUUAAUCUCCAGGAAAGCGGAGAGCAUUCGUUCUGUGGAAACGGAAAUCUGGCCAGCGGAUUCAGUUAUGAUCCGGAGAAUCUGAUGAAGAACGGAAGUGAGUGUUCUUCCCCGCCCAGCUACAAUCCUUGCUUUUCGCUUCCAGUCUACCACUACAACUUCCCUCUGCCCGAUUUCCAAGCAUGCACUUCCCACCGACUCUUGGACAUUGUCAAAGUGGUCGACUUCGCCCUGUCGCACGGCAAGAUAGCAGUGCAUUGCCACGCGGGACACGGAAGAACGGGCAUGGUGAUUGCCGCGUGGAUGAUGUUCGCAUUGGGAAUGUCGCCGAGUCAGGCGGUCGAGAACGUCAGGAAAAGAAGGACGAAGGCGGUGCAGAGCAAAGAGCAAGUGGAAACAUUGCACGAGUUCAGAGUGGGCGGAGCGUUCGUUUGCUUCGCACCAAUGAUAGUAUUUCAGUUGUUGAUAAGGAACUGUGGCGGAAUGAUUAUUCCGAAAAACAAACUCAUCACGAUAUCCCAGUACGUCGCCUACAAUCAGAAGUUUAUCAGCAAACCAGAGUCCCGACUUUACGGCAAGAUUCCCAAAGUCUCGCGAUUUUCUCUGAUAUGUAAAUACUCUGUUCUCUCAUUGCAGGUAGUGUACGUGGCAAUGCGGAGUUGCCUUCUCAAAAUGUACUCUUUCGUCGGUUUCGACAUCGAGAACGACUUCCGGAUGACCGUCCGAUGCGCCGAUCCGUUGCCCGCCAACAAAUCGUUCGAUGAGCAACUGCUGGACGCUCAAUUGAACGAUGGGGGCCACGAGAAAACGCAUUGCUGGUACAUGGACCAAGUGAAAAAGGGACUGACUAUAUCCACAAUCAAUCGGUAUUUCGAGGUCAGCUACUAUCUCGUAUUCCGAUGUUCUUCAAAGUUUUCGUUCAGAAAGAAGACUUCCGAGAUAUUUUCCGUCUUUUGGAUCUUUUCUUUCACUCAACCUUCCAUCAAUUGACCCACAAAGAAGAAGUGCUCGCAGUGCUCCAGAAUCCGAAUCAAAACGAAAAGGACUGGACGCCCACGUUCUGGUUCCUCCUCAAGUGCAUCCGAGAGAUGCCCCGCCCACUCCAUCUCCCUCUUUCCCGUCUUGUUUCCAAAUGGUUUCUCCGUUCAGAAGUGGAUCUCGCCCGUCGAAUACAUCAAAUGCUAUCCUCGGUGCCUUUGAAUGAUUGA